AUGGCCUCUCCCAUCUCCGCGGCGAACCAACACAACUCGUCCCGUCAUUCGUCGCUGGCUGCGGCCACUCCUUCUUCACCACCCAACAAGCGUGACUUGAAGUCAUGGUGGAAAGGCUUCAAGUUGCCAUCAAAGCAACACGAUCCUCUCGCUGAAAGUCGAGCCCCCGGGAUCUUCGGCGUUCCUCUGCGCCAAAGUAUCACGUACGCCAAUGUCGCGAUAUCUCUGAUUGAUGAAAAUGGUCAAAGCUACAUUUACGGAUACGUACCCAUAGUGGUGGCCAAGUGUGGCGUGUUUCUCAAAGAAAAAGCCACUGGAGUCGAGGGAAUUUUCCGACUAAGCGGUUCGGAAAAGCGGAUUAAAGAACUCAAGCAGGUUUUCGACUCCCCGGACCGGUACGGCAAAGGCCUUGUUUGGGAUGGAUAUACGGUGCAUGACGCCGCGAAUGUCCUCCGCCGAUACCUGAACGAUCUCCCGGAACCCGUGGUACCGCUAGCUCUUUAUGAGCAGUUUCGUGAUCCCCUCCGCGGGGCGACAAAGCAACCGCUGGGCGAUGCCGACGGACCUCAGUUCGUGGAGAAUUUCGACGAGCAGGCAGCGAUCAUAAAGUAUCAACAGCUCAUUACCGAACUUCCCCCGCUCAACCGGCAACUCCUCUUGUAUAUCCUGGACCUGCUGGCCGUUUUCGCCGCCAAAUCGGAUGAGAACCGGAUGAACCCGCAAAACUUGGCCGCCAUCUUUCAGCCCGGCAUGCUUUCGCACCCCAACCACGCCAUGGCUCCAGAGGAGUAUCGACUCAACCAAUGUGUGCUGAUUUUCCUCAUCGAAAACCAGGAUCAUUUCUUGAUCGGCAUGCGCGGUACCGCUGCCGACGAAAACACCAAGAAGGAGGUGGAAUCAGGAACACCAACGACUCCGAACGUGAAGGGGGUUUCUCGGACGGCGUCCAAUGCCAGCGCCGGAGCCAACAGCGUCAGAAAAGAGGGACAACUACGUCGUAACCGAUCCGUGUCUUCCAAACACUCGCGAGGUGAAGGGAGCAUUGGGUCGCACAGCCCUUCUCAUACCGCAACCACGACGGGGGGGUUGGGUCGCAGCAACACUGUCCCCUCCAAGAAAUCGCCUGCUCUAGCCGGAGGCAAGUUCAGAAAGGUCGAAAGCCCUGGCCAGCAACAGCCUGCAGCACGCCUCAACGUCAUGACGCCCAUAAGGCCUGUAAUGGCCGCGCCGGAAUCCCCAGCCUCAAGCCCAAACUAUGUAGGGGAAGGUUCGGCGAAGAGUCCGACACCCCUCGCUUCUCAGGCAUCUGGACCGAGCCAGGAAAGACUGCUGGAUAUUAUUCCCCAGGAGUCGACCCCAGUCCCUUCCAAGGAGAGAAACUUGCCAAGCCUGUUUCAACGGUCACCAGCGGAAGGCGGCGAAAAAAAGAAGCCAAACAAGCUAAAGAAGAAGAGAAUACCGGGCAGCGUGAACAUUAGCGCGCAAAGCUCCAACGCCUCUCUCAUACACUCAAAUGCCGCCUCGCCAGCCUUUGAGAUGUCGAACCCAAUGGAGUCAAUCCAGCCCAUAUUGGAACAAAUCACCCCCGCAUUAGCCACGCUGGCCAUGACUGAGCCUCCUCAGUCUGCGGUCCCGGUCCCGCAUGAUCGUGCGCCCUCGAAAUUAACCGAAUCUAUCGAAGACGAUAAAAAAGCAUACCCGACAAAGUCAUCGGCUCCCCCCUAUCAGUCAAACGAUGUCUCGUCGGAACUGACGCCCCGAGCUUCGCAACUAGCCUCACAUUACGACACGUUGCAUUCAGACGAUAACCUUCAAAGUACGAAGUCGCCGCCAACGUCGAUUUACUCGUCAUACAACGAAGGGUCCGAUCUUGAUCAGAUCGUCGAAGGCCAGACCAUUGGGCACGCAGACGGUCCCGACAAGGAAAGAAAGAAGCGCUGGAGACUAUCAAGGACCAGGAGGGACGACAAUAGUGGUUCUCUGCACUCGCUGGGGAGUCCGCCUCCCACCAACCUUUGGUCGAACACCGGCGCCGAAACAAGCACGACGACGGUAGGCAGCGGCACCAGCAGGCCGCGCAAGAGCCUCACUCAGGACGAAUCGUCGGAACCCCAUCCCUUGGAUAUGUUGAGCAACCACCACGAAGAUGACAGGGACAAUGGCAAGGAUGAUGCGAGAGGUCCCAUUGGCUGGAUCAAGAACAAGUAUCGUGAGGCCAAGGGAAACGCCGAGCAACGCCGGAAUAAAUCGCCAGCGGCGGAUCGGCACGCUGAUCGACAGGGUAUUAGCGCUGCCUUGUACUCUAGGGGAAGGAGCAUGGAUAUCAAGAGAGAAAAAGAAGAGGGCGAAAAGCCAGCAGUAGAUAGGCCGAGCGAAGCCGUGUUGUCCCCCGAGCCGGCGGUUUUGCAGAGCCCUCCAGCGGGACCAAAGAUGGUUGAGGAGGUGAAACCCUGCAACCCGGAUUUCCCACUAAGGCCCGUCCCCGAAGCCUCCGAGGAGCCGUCUCUGAGACACGCGCAGCAGCUGCAGCCGGCAUACCCGCAGUCGGAUGCCACGAACGAAGCAAGGUCGCAAACGCAGGCAGCGGAGUCUUUUGAACCAAUACCAGAAGCUUCGCCAGCACCAGCGCCUGAACCUCCUGCAGCCGCAAUGAUGGAAGCGCAAACAGAACCCACCAAGCGGGAGUGA